AUUGGCUGAUUACCGAGCUGUGCCGUUUGUUCUCAAUCAGCAACAUAUAAAUGACUUCAUAACUGCGGUAACCCAACCAAACGGACCUAUGGAGGCUGCACUCAAUUAUUUAUUAACUCAGCAUGGAUCAUUGCCUGCAGGCGUGACAACCUUACCUCAGUUCAGAUGCGUCUUGGAAGAUUUAUGGUUUAGAAACACUAAUGGCUUUAGAGAUGUCUUUGUUGGUCAUAAAGUAAAUGCCAACGAUUACAAUGGAUUUCACAACUGGUACCAGUUUUUCCUUGAACAAGGGAGAAACCCAACUCAGACGACGAACAUCUGUUUCAAACAGUCUCCGGAACUGCCGGCUUUCGUUGGAAACAAACGCCCGCAAUUUUUACGUGACCUCUCAUUCACGUGGAGAGGGGCGACCAAAGCACCAGCGGGCAGUAGCAGCAGCAUGUUCGUUGGAACCAGCCCAUCGUUCGAAUUGGCCUUAUUCACCACUUGCUUCCUUAAAGGACGCGGAAAUGCUGGAGGAGCAAAUCCACCUCCGGGACCGAACAGGAUAACCAACUGUGAAUGCAACAUUAACGAUAAUGGGGUCAGCACAGUAGAAGUCGGGACCGUCGAGAACCAGAAUGGCGAGGUCGUUGCAGCUGCCCCUACAAAUGUCCAUUAGAAAUAAACGGCACACAAAGAUGACAGCCGAGACCCUUGGCAAAGAUUUCCGAUUUAUUAUGAACACAAAAUAUCAGAAAACAGGUAGUCUGUUCCGGAAUCUCGUUCAGCAGAUACGAGCGAAAUAGUAGGAAAAUAUCCCUUGGUGGUUGCACACCGCCAUUCCUUACCCGCCUGCUUCUCUUGCUGCUGCUGACCGUGAGCCUGGCAUCAGCUGCACAAAACCAAGAACCCACUACACAUGGGCUGCUAACAAAACUAAUAAAUAAUUUAUGACCUCAAACCAG